AAUUGCUUGGUGAACUUCACGGGGCUCUCGUCUUCCAAAUUGAAUUCAAAGGCGGAUGUCGCGAAUUCGACGGGUUCACUUCAGUCCCGUAUUGGAAUGGAAACAGUACACUGAACAGAACAGAAAUGCGAAAAUAAUGUCAUUAGUGCGCAAGGAUCCAAAGCCUCCUGCACCUUUAAGGCGCAGUUUCUUGUAACACGACCUUUCCUCCUCCCUCUUGCGUGUAAAACGACCGCCGUCUGCCGUCGUUCAUGACGUUGCUCGAAUAGCUGCGAAUGGCGGGUGUUUCUUAUGUUAUAUGUUUAAAAAUUAAUAAUGCAGUUAUUUAAAAUACCUUUUUGUGUAUGCACUAGCGUCGGGUGGACAUUUCUUUAGAAGAUAGGAAGAUAAAUCUCGCUGCAUUUCCUGUGUGUGGGUGCAUGCACAUUGAAACACCUGAAACGGACACCAACUGAGUCAUGCAGUAGCUCUCCAUGCUGUUUCUCUAUAUUGAAAGUUUGUAGCCUAUUGAACUGGACUUGUAUCUUUAAAAAGGGAUUACGCGCUUGAAAGAACUUUGUGCGCUUAGCUCACCUUUUCUGUAAUCGUGGAACAUGUGCAGUAUUUUGCACAGGACAGCACCAUGAAUUUAACAUAAAGUAUAGGGCAAUGGCCUCGAACUAGAUUUUGGAAUUGGGUACUUUGAUUUGUGGGUUUUUUUAUAUAGUUUAGCUUUUAAACUUCUUUUUAUGUAUAAAGAUCAUAUCGCGCCGCGUGGUCCGUUAACGUUGUGCUUUUAUUUAAAGCAAAAAAGCACUUUAGAAAAAAAAAAGGAAAUGGCGAGUGCAACGGUACUUUCAUUGAUUGUGUUAAUGGUUUUAUUUUAUGAUCCGAUAUUUUGUUCGAGUGCCUCUAAAUUGAAUAUCCCAAAGGUCUUGUUGCCUUUAGCCAGAAGCACCAAAAUAAAUUUUACCUUGGAAGCAACUGAAGGAUGUUACAGAUGGUCUUCCACCAGACCGGAGGUAGCCAGUAUUGAUGCUGUUGAUCUCGAUGAACGCCAGUGUUCCCAAAGAGCCAUCCUGCAGGCACGCUCCUCCCAGCUUACCAGACUCACCAGUAUUAUUAUUGCGGAGGAUGUUUUGACUGGUCAAGUCCUACGCUGUGACGCUAUUGUGGAUGUUAUUAGUGAAAUUCAGAUUGUCUCAACCACUCGGGAACUACACUUGGAAGAUUCUCCCUUAGAACUGAGGAUUCAUGCACUGGACUCUGAAGGAAAUACUUUCAGUACAUUGGCAGGGCUGGUUUUUGACUGGUCCAUAGUGAAAGAUGCAGACACUGCUAGCUUCUCAGAUUCCUAUAAUGCAUUACGGGUACUCAAGUUCUCAGAAUCUACAUAUACUCCCCCAGCCUACAUUUCAGAGAUGGAGAAAGUGGGCAAGCAAGGAGAUAUUAUUUUGGUGUCGGGAAUAAAAACUGGAAAUUCCAAAAUAAAAGCGAAAAUACAGGAGUCAUUGUACAAGAAUGUGCCAGCUGCAGAAGUCAGACUCUUAAUCCUAGAAAACAUACUUUUGAACCCGGCAUACGAUAUUUACUUACUUGUGGGUACUUCUAUUCAAUAUAGGGUACAGAAGAUUCGUCAGGGAAAGAUUACAGAGUUAGUGAUGCCAUGUGAUCAGUAUGAACUGCAGCUGCAGAACAGCAUCUUAGGACCAGAUGGAGAUGUGAGGAUACCUGUGGCCAAACUGGACAGAGCAACAUCGACUGUAACAGCGCUCCAGCGUGGACAGACCAACAUAGUUCUUGACCACAAGAGUCUUCGUAUGCAGGGAGCAUCUAGAUUGCCAAACAGCACGUUGUAUGUUGUGGAGCCAGGAUAUUUAGGGUUUAAAAUCCAUCCAGGAGACAGAUGGGUCCUUGAAACAGGAAGAACGUAUGAAAUUCUCAUUGAAGUAUUUGACAAAUCAAGCAAUAAGGUCCAUUUGUCAGAUAACAUCCGGAUUGAGGCAGUCUUUCCAAAGGCGUAUUUUAAGAUAUUAGAGUCCUCCUUCAAUGGUUCAUAUCAUCAUGUGAAGGCUUUGCAAAAUGGCCAAACUGUAAUAGAUGCUGCACUUACAUCUGUUGUGGAUCAGGAUGGUGGUGUUCAUGUUUUUUCCAUUCCAGUCCGUAACCAACAGGAUGUCGAAAUUUAUAAUCCCAUAGUUCUUACUCCAAGAAUUUUAACAUUCCCAUGGCAACCCAAAAUAGGAGCGUACCAGUACACAAUAAAGGCAGAUGGAGGGAGUGGAAAUUUUACCUGGUCCUCAUCCAACCAAGACGUUGCAACAGUGACUGUCAAAGGAGUUAUGACGACUGUCAGCGAUGUGGGAGUCAGUGUUGUUCAGGCACAUGAUGUACAGAAUCCUCUACAUUAUGGAAAGAUGAAGGUCUAUGUGAUAGAACCAGUGGGAAUGGAUUUUAUUCCGUGUCAAGUUGAGGCUCGUGUGGGUCAAACCCUGGAUCUGCCUCUCAGGAUAUUUGGGCUUCUCAGCGUGGAGACGGGGGAGAAGGUAACACUCAGUGACUGCUCCCAUUUUGAUCUGGUUGUAGAAGUGGAGAACAAAGGUAUCUUCAAGUUCCUGGAAGGGAGGUUGAAACCAGGCCAGGAUUACUGCAGUGGAGUGAGAGUACAGGCUUUGGCAACUGGUGACACAGUGCUGCUGGUCAGUUACACGCAUGGCCACCUUCACUUAAGUGCUAGAAUUACCAUUGCGGCCUAUCAACCUCUUAAAGCAAUUGAUCCAGUGUCUGUUGCGCUGGUCACACUUGGCUCCUCUAAAGACAUGCUCUUUGAAGGAGGACCGAAGCCCUGGGUGCUGGAACCCUCCAAGUUUUUCAGGAACCUCACAGCUGAAGACCCAGGGAGUGUGGGCCUGGCUCUCUUUGGCCCUGCGUCGAGGAACUACUUCCAGCACUGGGUCAGAGCAACGUGCAGGGCGUUCGGCGAACAGGUCCUCGCCGUGACCGUUGGGAACCAGCCCAGUUUGACGAACCCCUUUCCUGCAGUGGAGCCCGCAGUUGUGAAGCUCGUGUGCGCUCCCCCUUCCCGGCUCACUUUAGUUCCCGUCUACACCAACCCCCAGCUCGACUUGUCCUGUCCGUUGCUACAGCAGAACAAGCAACUGGUACCUGUUUCCAACUACCGGAAUCCUGUGUUGGAUUUGGCGGUCUACGAUCAGCAAGGGAGAAAAUUUGACAACUUCAGUUCAUUAAGUAUUAUCUGGGAGUCAACAAAGGUUUCUUUAGCAAGUAUAGAACCAACCAUGCCCAUGGAACAGCACAUUAAGGAAGAUGGAAACGGACAGAAAAAACUUCAUGGUCGUCAAACGGUGCUUGUCCAUCGGGAAUCUGGGGUCACUGCUAUUACAGUAACCGCCAUUGGAUACCAGGCCUCACACCUCAGUGCGGCCAGGGUGCAGAGUCUGUAUGAUCCUCUCACAGCAGUAUCAGCCACUCUUGAGCUCUUGCUGGUGAAAGAUGUACAAGUUAGUCCUGAAGCCAUCACUAUAUAUAACCAUCCUGAUGUGCGGGCAGAGCUUGCCCUCCGUGAAGGAUCUGGCUAUUUUUUUGUUAACACAAGCAUUGGCGGUAUUGCGAACAUAGCCUACCAAGAAUCAAGAGGAACUGCAGAGGUGCUGCCCAUUCGCCCAGGGAUUCUUCAAGCCAUGGUUCAUGAUCUGUGCUUGGCUUUCCCAGCUCCUGCUAAAGCCUCCAUCCACAUCUCGGAUAUCUUUGAAGUGUACGUCCGAGUGGUUGACAAGGUAGAGAUUGGAAAGUCGGUGAAAGCUUAUGUUCGAGUCUUGGAUGAUAACAAGAAACCCUUCUUGGCUAAAUAUUUUCAUUUCAUGGAUUUAAAACUAAAAGCUGCAUCUCCGAUAGUUUCUUUGUUGCCCCUUUCUGAAUCUUCUGAAAACGACACGGCAACCUUUCUAGUCCAGGGCUUAACAAUAGGACAGACGAGUCUGGCUGCUGUAGUGUUGGACAAAAGUGGAAAACGAAUCAGUUCUGCACCACAGCAAAUCGAAGUAUUUCCACCUUUCAGACUGAUACCAAGGAAAGUUACCCUGAUUAUUGGUGGAAUGAUGCAGAUUACAUCUGAAGGAGGACCUCAGCCUCAGUCCCAUAUAAUUUUUUCCAUCGGGAAUGAGAAGAUUGCUUCAGUAAAUAGCAAUGGUCUCACCAGGGGGAUUACUGUUGGAAAUGUGACCGUGACUGGAGUGGUGCAAGCUGUAGAUGCAGAAACUGGGAAGCUUGUUAUUGUGUCUCAGGAUCAAGUACACGUGGAGGUUUUGCAGUUGAAGGCAGUUAGAAUCCGUGCACCGAUCACAAGAAUGAAGACUGGUACCCAGAUGCCCGUGUAUGUAAUGGGAAUAACCAGUAGCCAGACUCCAUUUUCAUUUGGGAAUGCCCUUCCUGGCUUGACAUUCCACUGGUCUGUCACAAAGAGGGACAUUCUGGAUAUUCAGACUCGGCAUUCUGAGGCAUCUUUGCAGCUCCCAGCAGAAAACAAUUUUGCUAUGAAUGUAUAUGGGAGGACAAAGGGAAGAACGGGCUUGAAAGUUGUGGUGAAAACUGUCAGUCCUGCUUCUGGGCAUUUGGAGGGCAAUGUACCGGAGCUCUCUGACGAAAUACAGAUUCAGGGCAUCCUUUCCACUGUUCACCACGGCCCAGAUCCCGUCAAACACGUCAGAAGGUAG